AUGGAUGUGACGGUUGCAGCGUGUCUUAAAGAAUCUAUUUUGGAUCUUGUUAAAGCUCUAGGAGACACUGAUAAUUCGGUAAACAACAGCAUAAUAAAAUCAAUCUCAAAAAUCGCGAACGAGUACCCUAAUGAAGUUAUUGAAAUUAUAUGUGACUUCUAUAAACAAGCAGGGCGAAUUAAUGUCACACAGACUGGAAAUAUCGUUAAAGUUUUAGAAAGAACAUGUGUGAGUCAAGUAAAAAAGAUAGAACCUGGAAUAGCAACAGAAUUGGUCCAUGCUAUGCUCAGGGCAAUGACUGAAAAUCCAUCAUAUGAACCUACUGUCCAAUUGGGAGCUUCAGCUGUUUUGGUAGCUGUAGGACAUGAGUUCCUUGACCUCGUUCUUCGCUCUCUUAUAAAUGAGCUGUCACCAGCAACAUUGCCCCACUAUACCAUAGCUCAUACCAUGGGUACACUAUCUAUGCUUAACACAAAAUCAAUGGUGCCGCAUAUAAAGGAGAUUCUUGGCAAAAUGCUUCCAUUACUGCCACUCGUGAGGCAAAACGGGGAUAAACAGGCCUUUGCUUAUGCUUUUGGACAUUUCGCCGUUGCUGUAGCUGAGCAAAUAGGCGAUAAUGUUGAAAACGACAACAUAACAUCAAUCAAAGAAAAUUUUGUCACCGAAUUCUCGAUUGUAUUCGACGUCCUCUACAAUCAAUGGCUGAACUCGUCUGAGCCUAGAGUAUCAGAAUCAGUUCUCGAGGCCCUUGGUCCCAUAACUAGACUUAUUUCAGAAAGACAAUUCAAUGAAACCGUCAACAAAUUUGUAUUAUCAUUGCUCUCGUUGUAUCGUAAACCGGCAAUCAACUUCUUUUGUAUCAGCCAAUGUAUUUCAUAUUUACUUUCGCCGUCAUCUCUUAACCCAAAAUUGUCGCUAAAUGACAACGUUGUCAAUUCAAUUAAUCAUGUCUUGUUUAGUUUAGUUCUCUUUGAACCAGAUUAUGAUCAACCACAGACAGUUAAAAAUCAUUUUGAGGUUCUACGCUGUUUUGAUCACAUGGCUACUCAAUAUCCAGAUCAAACUAUAGAAAUGCUUCUACAUUUAUGCAAAAACACACAAGAGAAAGAAAGGAUGAGAGCCGUGGUAAUUCUCACGCACUUGACGACGUGUUCGCAAGUUUUUAUCGACAGUUUCGCUACUAAAUUCAUAACAAUUUUAAAAGUUAUGAUAGUUAUGGAACAAGGGAUUAAAAUGAAGAAGACACUUGUUAAAGCAAUAGUUGCGUUAGCGUAUAGAAAUUGUAUCAUGGCUACAGAUGAUUUUGCUAUGGUUGAAUUUAUCGUAAAGCAUUGUGGUUACGAAGGUCCAUCUCAUGUGUCGCAGUCCGAAGCUCAGGAUGUACGUGAUACGUGCAAAAACUCCCUCAUACUAAUGUGCAAUACAGUGACAAGCGUUAGAACACAACUACUUAAUUUGCUUUUAAAUUCUCUGACACUUGAAGACUUUACUCUUUCAAUGUCCACAGUCAGCCACUGUCUUACGUAUUUGUUACAAAAUAAUUCAAAUGUAUCUAGAGACGAACCAGCAGAGACUGUAAUUGUCGCAAAAGCUUCCGCUGAUGUUAUAUUUGUGAGGUGUUUAAUGCACAUAGUUGACCCAAACGAAAGAGAAAGGAACAAAAACCUCUUGAUAUUCCUUGAAGAAUUUUCUGGAGAUAUCCACAAGAACUUAAAAAAUUCAUGGACGGUUGAAAUCGAUAGGCUAUUGAAAUACGUUGAGAAGAACGAAUCCAAGGAACAAUGGCACGGAAUGUUAUUAGAUUUAUUGGUAUCGGCAGUGGAACAGGUGAACAACAACAAAUGGGUGGAGAUAAUAUCUACUCUAAUUUCUCAACAAAUUAUGUCCAAGAAACAGUCGACUAUGAUCAAAGGCGUAUCUUUGCAAUACUUAUCUGUGUUGUCGUGUCAUAUGUCCAACGCUGCAGCUGUAGAGAAUGUGUUAAAAAUUAUCCUUCUAGCUCUAAAAGCUAUUCCAUUCGAGAGCGUGGAAUAUGUCAGCACGGCUAUUGGAAUAUCAUCAAGACAACAUGGUGAAUUUAUACUUAAUGAAUUAGAUGCACUAUACAAAGAAAAUGAAGCAAGACGCAGUAAUAAACUGCUGAACUUUCUUUCUUCAAGAGCAUCCAAAAAUGACGCAGAAUUGGCGAUUGUUAAAUAUGCCCUUAUAAUAUGUUACGGCAAAGUUGCAAGAGAAUGCUUAGAUGUUCACGUCUUAGCUAGAUUGGGCGAUAACGUCACUUCGAUACUGUUUGAAAUCCUGAAAUCGAAUCCCAGUUUUGAUCUUUGCAAUGCUAGCGUAACGACACUCUAUGAGAUAAGUAAAGCGUUGCAUCCAGCGUCACAUCAUAACGUAGCAUUGCGAAAUCGAUGGCAGUUGCUCAACGGGGUUCUGGAACAGAUAUAUAAUUCUAAUCUUGAGAAACGGAACGUUGAACUGUAUCCAAUAAUCGUAAAAGCCUCUAAAGCUCUUACCAAGUUACAAAAGGGCAUCUUACCUGAAGAAAGAAAUACGAUAUUACGUGUUUUAUUCAACAGCAUAUUCGGAGAACUGUCAUCCUUCAAAAGAAAAUACGAAAUAGAAGGAAACGGCGAUAAGAAUGAUUUGUUAGCUAAAACAUUAAAUGAUUCCUUGACACUACUUCAUGAGCUUAUAAAGGAAUUAAUUAUUCAAUCAACCUGUCUGAGUACUAUUGAUGAUAUAAUAGGUUUGUUAAUUGAAUGGAUUCGUCACGAAAACGAUGAAAUUAGAACAGCUGCCAUCUUGAUACUUCAAGUAGUUUUUGAUUCGUAUAUCAAAAACGUGAAAUUAAACUAUGAAACGCCCAGCAAGUUUGGCCAAAUGGGAUAUCUGUUAGGGCUUAUAGUGCCCGGAGUCGCUGAUACUAAUUUCCCCGUGAGAUUGACGACAGUUGACUGCGUAAAACUGAUUAUUCAGAUUCAAGAUCUUUAUGAAGGUCACACUAUUGAACCGGACGAUGAAUGUAUGGUUAAUCUAGCCCAUUUACAGAAUAAUAUUUUGACUAAUGAUUUAUACAUGAUCAGCGAUUACUGUAUGAGGUUAUGUGAUACAAUUUCGCCAAAAAUUCCGCAUUUGCACACCAUGCAAUUUAUUGAAAGUCUGCUAGAAAGCUACGACGGUCAUGAGUUAAGGAGCGUUGGGAUAAGCUCUAUUUUGGAUGCAUUUUUUGUGAAAAAAGGUCAAGAUUUAUAUCAAACAAUUGAAAGAAUUGUAGAAGUGAUGUUAAUUAAAAUGGAAGAUGUCCCAGACGACGCCAGAGCGAGGCUGAUGCGUCCACUCAUGUCUUUAAUGCGUCAUCAUUCGAACGCCGUGACUGCUGUUCUUUUGGCACAAAGGAUUCCCUUGAACCCAUGUGUGGUAAGCUGCUGGCGCCAUCUAGCUAGGGACGAAGGUCUGUCUGUGUCAAUAGUAGAUAAUUUUCUGCGAUUAAUGACAUCUGUUGAGCUGUAUGAGGACCCGUACCAUAUUACUGAACAUCACAUUGCUGCUUUACAACCUAUGACUUUAAUAAGCGCCCUAGGCGAAAUGCUUCAAGAGGAAUCAAUGCGUUCCAUAUGCAUUAACAAAUUCUCGGAUUUAUUUGCUGUACUUUAUACAACGUUAGCGUGUUAUGUGGAAGCGGAGCCCCCCGCAUAUGUCGUACCCAGUAAUAAGGGUCAAGAGAGAUUUGGAUUCAUACCAAAUAGAGAGGCCAUCAAGUUAUCACCUGCCAAAAUAACAGUGAACACCUUCAACUCGUUCCUGGAGAGGGCUGAUUGUUAUAAAGUAAAGGAGGCAUGCUCUCUGUGCCUUAGCAUCGAACACGGAGAUAGUUCCAGCACUAUACUUGAACUGGCUCCAAUAUUAGGUAGUUCGAUUAGCCGCUCGUGUCCGGCGCAUCUAGCUAAACUGGUAUCCAGACUUGGUGGAUACUGCAGAUCCCCAUUACCACCUCAAAGAUGUGCUGUAUUAGCUUUGAUGGCCGAUUUGUUGAAUUAUCGUUGCAACGAAAACGUUGUACUAAUAGAAGCAGUUCUCGCAAACCUGAGUAGUGGUUGGAAGGAUGAGUCUCCUCGUGUGAGGUCUGCUAGUCUUCGUGGUGCUGCCAACAUCAGCCAGUUAAACAAGGAACAACGAGCUGCUGCGUUGCCGGCUGCUUUGGCUGCAUUAAGCCAGGGGGUUGAUGCGCAGAAACUACCAUCCCCGGUGGACAACAUUCCCUUGGCCGCAAUACAAGGCCUGAGUCGUCUACUGACAGAAACAGAUAAAAUAGACAAAGAGUUCGACAGAGAAUUAUCUGCAAUUUCUCAGAAAAUCCGGCCUUUUAUGAACACGGAUUGCAGCCAGUUAAGAGAGAACUCUAUCCCUCAUUACCCUGCUUUUUUGUUGCAUCUUUGCGAUAAUAAUCCUGCUGUUGUGAGGGCUUGCAAAUCCACUCUCCGUCAAAUCUUUAAGACAUUCAAAGUUCGAAAGUCCAAUGACUUCAUCCAGACCCAUCUAGUGGAUGAAGGCAGGUUAUACCUGGAUGACUUCCUCUGUGCCCUGAUGAGGCAAUUGGCUGAUGAGAUGCCAAGUGCUGUGGUCAAGUGUCUCCAUACGGCGGUUAAUUAUUUGCACACGGCCAGGGAGGAUUUGAAGCCGUUUUCUCCAUUGUUGGUUGGAUACCUAUAUGCAGAUUUAUACCGCAUCCAACCAAAUCACCCAGAUGAGUUCAGUUUAGACCCUGAAAUCACUCGCACGGCUCGAACGAGGUUGCUACAACUCCUAAAAGACGCAAAUCCAGCCGUAAGACAAAAUUCGGCCUUUGCCCUCGCCAAUAUAUGCCUUAUUUGUACCACAAUGUGA